UUGCAACAAUUUUUUUCCAAAUUUUAUCUUUGUUCAUAACCUUAAGCUGGUUUACUGGGGAUCAGCGUAUUAAAAAGUCUUAAAGGAUUAAUCUCUUUGAAUUAGUGAGAAGAAAUUAGGUUUAUCUUAAUUAUUGCUGUUUGACCAUUGCUGGGCCUCCCUUUAGGAAACAACCUAGCCACCAUUUCAUCGAUAGGGAAAUAUGACUGACACUGAUCACUCUGUCCAGGUGGAUUCAAGAAGUGGUGAAGAGACAUCAUCAGCAGCUCCAUCAUCCACACCAACAACAUCAACCACCGCCAAUAAUUUAACUACUACUAUCACAACUUCAACUGUAACUACUCCUUCGACAUCCACCAGUUCCGGAAACAGCGGGGUUAAAGUCAAAAACAAAAGUGAUGAUAAGCAAGACUCAUCCUCAGAACCACCAAAAAAAUUUCAGAAAACCAAUCAGCAGCAAUCUGUUAAAGGAAGAAAUCAAAAUAAAGUUGGUAAAAAGCACCAUCACCACCACCACCAUCAUCAUCAUCACCACCAUCACCAUCACCAAUCUAAAGUGGGCUCUAAUAGUAGCAGUAGUAGUAGUAGCUCAUCAUCAAUCAAUAGUUCAGCGGCUGGACGUAAACAGCAUUCAAGCAGCUCUUCAUCAGGUGAAGAAGACUUAGUUAUUGACCAUAAAACUGAAGAUGAAGAUACAACACCAUCUGCUCCGACUAGCACUUUUGAAGCACCCUCAGAGUCAACAACAUCAGAUGCUGCUCAAAGUACAACAAAUGCAGAUACUAACGUUUCUUCUGCAUCGAAUUCUAAUGGUGUUAAAUCGGGAGCAACAACCAUGACAGUAUUAACAACUUCCAGUAAAGAUAAUAAUUCUAGCAAUGGUGGUAACAAUGGUAUUAAUAGUAGUUCUACCAGUAGUAAUAUUAAUCCUGCUUUAAUUAACCAAGGUGACCAUAGUUAUAGUGCACCCAAAGUGCCGCCUUUAAAAAUUGUUAUUUCAUCACUAGCCGGUAAUGGAUCAUCUUCUUCCUUGCCUUCAACAUCAUCAUCAAAUGUUGAAAAUCAAAAAGUUACCUCAUCCAAUGGUGCAGUAUCCAACUCUACAACCUCUAAAAAUGUAUCUUACGUAGUAUCCACUUCAUCAGUCUCAAAUUCUAAUGAAGACUCGAAAGGAGAUGAAUCUACAGCAAAAAAUUCCUCAUAUUCUUCCUCACCAUCUGCAUCUAAUAUGUCUUCCUCAACAACCACCUCUACAACAGCAACUACAUCAGCUUCUUCCUCUUCUUCCUCCUCAAAUCAGCACCUAUCAUCCACUUCUAAUUUUUCCUCGUCCGGGCGUGUUACACGGAGUAGUCAAAGAGCUGCACAACAGCAACAAAAUAAAAACUGUGAGUCCAGAGAAACAUCAUCGUCUUCAUCCAAACAAGAGACAGACGAUAAUCGUAAAGGUAUCUUAUCCUCUUCUACCUCUAAUUCCUCAGGUAAAUGUGAUUUCAAAGAAAGUUCCGACUCUCAGAACAAUUCCAAGGAGGGCAAAGAAUCAAGUAAAGAAGGAUCUUCUAGGAAAAGAAAAAACCGUCACAAAGGAUCUUCAAACUCAUCUAAUUUUUCUAAAAACAAUUCAUCUACCGGUUCUAAUGCGUGCUCACAUAGAUCAGAGGAUAGAGGUAGUGGAAUUGACAGAGAAGACGAUGACAAUGAAUCGACUUCAUCUUCCGCAUCGGGAGGCUUAGAUAAUAAUGUUUCCAAAAGUGUAAAUAAUAACGGGUCUGAUGGAUCUGGAUCCAAUUCAACUGCUCAACCUAAAGAUUCCACCUCUAAAGAAUUUCAAAUGCCCUCCUACAAUUGUUAUCAUAUGUAUUUGAAUAUUAGAAAACAAAUUGAUAAAAAGCGAAAUCAAUUGGUACCGGUACAUCCUAAACCUCCCCAAGGUUUCAAGGAUUAUCUCUUAAACAAGGCAUCUUACCUAUUAGAGGGUAAAAUUCCACCUUUAUCAUCAUUGUCAUCAUCGAUAACAGCCACAACUUCAUCAUCUUCAUCAUCAUCCCAAAUGUUAUUUAUAUCAGGAACGGCGGUCUUACCACCCCCUUGUCAACCACCCGCGAAUAUACAAAGUGGAAGUGAAUUGUAUCAAUUAUUUAUUGAACAAGAGAAAGUUCGUCAUAAAUUGCGUAUGCAACAUAUGAUUGAAAAAGACAAACUGCGUUUAUCAGCAGAGCAAGAAGUUUUACGAGUUCAUACAAGAGCAGCAUUAGCAUUAGCAAAUCAAAGUCAACCAUUAUCUUUUUGUACAAUUCUUAAAGAUGAAGAAAUAUAUAAUACGAUUGAACCUGAAACCGAUGCAACCAAUGGUGAUUUAUUAAGUGGUUCAUCAACUAGUAAUUCAAAUAGCAACUCAACUCGUACCAAUGAAUAUGCUCGAGCAUCGUUUACGAUAUCAUCUGGUAAUGUAGCAUCUUCAACUGAUCUCCAUACACUUACCGGAAGCACCGAAAACCACGGCUCAAGAUCAAGGUAUAAUGGACGUCUUUUCUCUCAAUGGUUACAAGACAUUGAUGAUAAAUGGGAAAAGAUUAAAGAGUCAGUGUUACUGCGGCAACGACGAGAAGCUGAAUCCCUUCAAGCCAUUCAAAAACUAGAUUGGGAAUGGAAAGGGAAAGAAACUGGUUAUUAUGAUCCUAAAAGCAUUAGAGUGAUUAAUAUUGAUGAUUGUUGUGUUCCAUUAGUAAAAGUUAUCGACGAUUUUGAUCUCCUUCCUGUUUGAUAAACAGUAUGAUUUUGAGGCUCCUCUAACGCUUAAAUACGCUCCGUCCUGGAUGAAUCCAUAAAUGACCUGGGUGAUCAGUCAAUCAAUGUGAAUAAAUUAUUUUGUCUCCAAGUGAAUUUUUUCAUCUAAACUUGGAGAAAUAAUUUUGUUGAGAUUUGUUGAAAUCAAAAGAACGCAAGGCUGAUCUGGAUUUGGAUUAAUAAAUUGUUUCGGAUCGAUAACUAACCAAGUCCGUCUUGGGCCUGGUGAAAGUAAUCAGUUUGAACAAUGAUCUGAUUACCUGGUACAUAUAAUCAUUGGCAAAGUGUGGAUUUUUCCUCUUUCAAUGCAACGUUGGACAUCUUCCAGUUGUUAUACCUCAAGUGACCAAGAGUAAAUAUUGUGAAUAUGGAUAUUGAGAUGAGAAAGAAACUGUUAAACCUUUAACUUGACUAAAUUUUUGAUUCUAUUUCCCAUUGGUUGCCAAAAUACUAACUGUCAUGUUAACUUUUAUAUGUAUUCAGUUGAGUAAUCCAAUAAUCAUGAAAUGUCCACUAAAAGGUAAUGGUUGUCGUAAAUAUCGGACACAAUCAAACUUGCUAGGUUUGAUUAAAAGAUGGUAACUUGGAAUCAGCGUAAUCUUGGACGACUUCUACAUCCAUCAAGAUCAAAUAG